AGUGUCUUGUUCUAUGUGUGCAUGUCCCCACCACCACCAAGUCCCGGACUAUGUAAGGUUGGGCGACACGAUUCAUUGCACAUCAAUUUGUGACCCUCAGCUUAGAAUCCCUGCCGUCUUUCUUUGAUGUCCAAUCUCUUCGAUGGUCCAGUGUUAGUACAUUCACUGCAACCUAUCACCGCCAGUUGUGGAGGACAAGCGCAAGGCGAAACCACUGGUCGUGUUAGAACACAGUCAAGUUGCGUUAACAAUCCAUGACAAUGGCGCAGAGGAAUCCUAAGAUGGUGUCAGCUCGAGUGGCAGCUGCGCUGUUCGUGAUUCUGGCGGGGUGCAUUUCGCAAGCACUGGCUGUGUAUGGUCCAGGUAGAUGGGAUACAGCUCAUGCGACAUACUAUGGAGGCAGGGAUGCGGGCGGCACAAUGGGAGGUGCUUGCGGGUAUGGGAAUUUAUAUAACACUGGUUACGGUGUUAAAACGGCCGCCCUGAGUGCGCCGCUCUUCAAAGGUGGAGCCACAUGUGGAGCAUGCUACGAGCUCACUUGCAUUCUCAGCCAAUCCAAAUAUUGCUACCAGAAUAAGAAGAUUUUAAUCACGGCAACAAACUUUUGUCCCACAGGAUCCACGGGAGGGUGGUGCAAUCCUCCCCGAAAGCACUUCGACCUUUCAGAGCCCAUGUUCACCACCCUGGCAAACAGAGUCGGAGGCGUCAUCCCUGUCAACUUCCGAAGGGUGCAUUGUUACAAGAAAGGAGGGAUGCGCUUCACCAUCAACGGGAACCCCUACCACAUGAUGGUACUCGUCUACAACGUAGCAGGCGCCGGCGACGUUCAACAGAUGUUCAUCAAGAGCCCGACGACAGGGUGGCUCCAAAUGUCGCGCAACUGGGGCCAGAUUUGGACAUACAAAGGGGGCCCCCGGAACAUAGUUGGCUUUGCCCUCUCCUUCCGAGUAUAUACCAGCGACCGCCGGCAAGUGGUAUCUUACAAUGCGGCCCCUGCGAAUUGGAGGUUUGGCCAGACCUUCAGCAGUGGUGCCAACUAGAUGGACACACAUCACUGCGGUUGCAGAAAUGGCAUAGCUUUAGCAGCCAUCGACCAUCCAUCUCUGCGUUUUGUAAACUAAGCAGUGGCGUGAUUUUUUUUUCACCCGCCCGCUCCAGCUCCAAGCCAUACCUACCUUACGUGCUUGGAUGCUUAAGCUCUGAAUAACGGUGCAAUGUAGUUGCUAGCUCUGAAUAACGGUGCAAUGUAGUUGGUAGCUAUGACAAACGGAUUGCACAUGUAGGAACCCACCCGGAGAAUAAUGACGUUGCCCCAGUAGCCAAUCCACGUGAGAUAGUUGCCGAGGUGCUGUGCACAUGUUGCACCACCCGCUCCCCUUCUGUAUCACUUUUCGUAGGAUCACCGUUACUACAAACAAAAACACAUAAAAAAAUUCAAAAAAUAAAAAUGAAACACUAAAAAACACACAAACCCCCCCGCCCCCCCAAAUAAGAAUCCUAGCACAUCCCAGCAGUGCAAGAGCGGAGAUGAGCUGCUCGCACCGAGUUUGAGGAGUUUGCGUUCCGUGUGGAGCGUGUUUUUGAAUACGCCCCCCGGACGUUGUAACGCAUAUUUCCACCUUCUGUUUAAUAAAACAAAGAAUAAUACCUUCUGUUUA